AUGGAUCCAAAUAAAGACCCUAUGCGCUGGCUCAUUACGAGCAUGGAAGGUGUCCUGCGCCGGAUGGGCAAAUUGGACUACCUGAUCUACGUCGACAAGAAAUUCACCGCUUUCGACGCCAUGAAUGGCGAAAUUCAGGUGCUUCAGAAAAAGGUGCUCACCCGGGAGGAUGAAGACAAAAAAGCCCUGAACAAGCUUACGGCCAAGGACAUCCAAGUGGAGAACCGGCUUCUGUUCCUGGAAGGCAGGGACAAGCCGAGCAUAGCACAAUGGACGGAAUGCGUUCGGCACUUGGAAGCGACUGUUGCGCGGUGCAUUGCUUUGAAGGAGGAAAAGGACGAGCUGGUGGAUUGCGUCGCUUCUCUGAAGCAGGAGAGAGAUGCGCAGGGCGCGGGCAUUCCACUGCUGGAGCAGAAGAUACAACGGCAGACGGCCGCCAUUGAAGCUCUAGUGGAUGCGAAGAGCAAGCAUGCGAAGUUGAUUGCGUCUCUGGAGCAGGACAAGAACACGUCAACAGAGCGGAUCGGUCAGCUGGAGCAGCAAACGACUGAUGUCGAAAAUCUGAAGCGCGAGCUGGCGAAGUUGAUUGCAUCUCUGGAGCAGGACAAGAGCAUGCCCCCCGAGCGGAUCGGUCAGCUGGAGCAGAAAGAUGUCGAGCACGAGACUCGUCUCACAUCGCUUGAACAGACGCAGUGCGAACAAGCGGAGACGACAAACAAGCAGACAGCUGAUCUGAAGUCUCUCAACGAUGCGAGGAGCGAACAUGCGGAGCUUAUCAGUCAGCUACAGCAGAAGAAUGUCGAGCAACACCAGGAUGGUCUCAGGGCUCUUCACCAUGAACAGUGGCAACAAUCGGGUCAGAUGAGUCGUCUAGCAGAGACAACAAACAACCAGAUGGCCGAUAUCAGAUCUCUCAACAAAGCGAGCAGCGACCAUGCGGAGCUUAUCAGUCAGCUGGAGCAGAAGAAUGUCGAUCAUGAGGCUGGUUUCAGAGCUUUUCACCAGACACAGUGCGAUCAAGCGGAUCAGAUCAAUCGUGUGGCAGAGGCAACAAACAACCAGACGGCCGAUAUCGGAUCUCUCCACAAGGCGAGCAGCGACCAUAUGGGGCUUAUUCGACAGCUGGAGAAGAAGAACGUCGAGCAUGAGGCUGGUCUCAGGGCUUUUUACCAGACACAGUACGGUCAAGCGGGUCAGAUCGGUCGUCUAGCAGAGACAACAGACAACCAGACAGCCAAUAUCGAGACUCUCGACGUGGCGAGGAGAGACCAUUCGGAGCAGAUUAGUUGGCUGCAAGAGAAAGACGUCAAGCUCGAGACCGCUCUCACGUCUCUUGAGCAGACGACGCAAGGACAUGCGAAUCAGAUCUCCGAGCUCGCGCAGACAGCAAACAACCGGUCGAAUGUUGACUUUCUCGACGGAAAGAGCACCGAACAUGCGAACCUUAUCAGUCAGUUGCAGCAGAAAGGUGUCGAGCACGAUGAUGGUUUCAAGGCCCUUGAGCAGAGGACGCGCGAACACGAGGUUCGUGUCUCCCAGCUAGGACAGACAGCAGACAACCAGACGGCCGGAAUCAAAUCUCUCGACGAGACGAGGACCGAGCAUACGAACCUUAUCAGUCAGUUGCAGCAGGGAAGGAAAGAGCAAAGCGAUCUGAUCCAAGCGCAGGGAAUGCGACUGACUGCAGUUGCUGCGCUUCUGGAGCGGCCAACUCCAAAUGAACCAGAGGACGAGCAGUACACCACACGUGCACUUCCCGAGCUGUUGCAGCAGCCGACAACCAGCCAGCAACCGGAUGAUGAUGAUACGCAUGACAUUGCACUCCCGCACCAGGCGUAUGAAGCGCAUUUUGCAUCUCUCCAGGAAACGAUCGAGGCAUUGGCUGAGAGUUUCGAUGCUUGGACACAAGAAGGCGAUGAACAUUUUGGUGCCAUCGAUGUCCGUCUAGGCUCUCUAGAGAGUGCUAGGCCAGCGGAGCACGAUACCCGGUUCAGCCUUCCAGAGGGGAGCAUUCGGCAGGUUGCGGAGGGCUUGCAGAAUCUUAUUGCAUCUUCAAAGCAAGAGUUGGUCGCAGAAUGGAAGCAGCGCAUCGACGUGCUGGCAGCACAAAUUAAGGAUGCCGAGCGACAGAGGAAGUCUGCAGGACGGAUGAACGAGGAUGUCGGUCCGAUGAAGACGCAGAUAGAAGAUUUGGUUGCUGCCGCCGCGAACAACGCCUCCGAGGUCAAGCGAGCGAACGAAAGCGUUACUUCGUUGGAGACGCGUAUCGAUACGUUCGGUUCGCAGGGGCGAGAGCAGGCACAGCGAGAUGACGAAGCUCUGGAACAGAGACUGAGUGCCCGACUGCUUUUGGCAGACGAAGUUCUUGAAAAGAAACUCGGUGCUCGACUGCACGUAGCAGAAGAGACGGCCAAAGAGCUGACGGUAGCCAAAGAGCGACUUGAUGAAUUGUCUUCCCGCAUCGAGCCUGAGAUGAAGGCGGAGAAAAAACGGCUAGAUGCAGUGGAGAAGCUUGUCAAGCACCAUAGGCACACACGAGAGAUCAAGCGCCUGGACGAUUUGACGGAGCUUGUUGCGUCGCGCUUCUCGGCGCGGGAAAAACGGGUUGGCGAGCUGGGUGCCCACAUCAGCACUCAGGCACGGGAAGAUGGGGACAAGCAGCCCAUCGAGACAGACAACCCGGCGCAGAAAGGCAAGCGAAAUGAGUUGAAUGAGCGCGCUGCGCCCCGAGAACCGGGAGGAAGCAAAACCCGGAGCUCAAUGGCCAACACUGGGGCAGACGCGUCUUUCAGACGUACCCCUGAACCCACGCCUGCCCUCCAAUCCGCAUAUAACAAUCGCGAUCGCGAGGUCCUCGACGAAACCACUAAAGCUAAGGGCAUGCGGAGACCGACCGGAACAAUUGCGCGGACGAAUGGUUGUCAACUCACUACGUUGCUAGUGGACACGAUGGACGCGAUGAUGGAAGAUGCCGGUGAGGAAGCGUCCGGUUCACAGUCGACUGGCGAGGAGUCGUACAAUGAGGAUUCUACGUCGGAUGAGGAGUCUUCUGCCGAGGACUCAGCCAACAAAGAGCCGCGUCGAAGCGCACGUCAACCAAAGCCGAUCGAAACUCCUGCUGGUAUGGUGGAUUGGAAGGCUGCAAAAGAUCUGGCAAAGCAGAGGAGGCAACAGCUUUCUGCAUCUGCAAAGUUGUCCAAGGAGAAUGCAGCGCAACGCGAAGAGUCUUCCAACGAGGAGUCGGCCAACGAAGGGCCGCGUCGCAGCGCGCGUCAGCCAAAGCCGAUCGAAACUCCUGCUGGUAUGGUGGAUUGGAAGGCCGCGAGAACUCGAGCAAAGACGAGGAGGCACCAGCUUUCUGCGCUUGCAAAGUCGCCGAGUAAGAAUGCCUCGCCGGGCGAAGAGUCGUCUGACGACGAGCCGCGUCGAAGCGCGCGUCAGCCCAAGCCGGUGGGAGUCCCAGCUGAUAUGGUGAAUUGGAAGGCUGUCAAAGAUCUGGCCAAGCAGAGGAGGCAGGUGGAGAGGCCGAUGCAGGAGGCUGCUUCCCCAAAGCGCAGAGGAAGGCCACGCAAGAUCGUGACAGAUCCAUCUGGGACAAACCCGCGGCGCAAGAUCAUCGCGUCUAGCAAAGCCAUACCACAUCCAGUCACGCGUCUAAGCUGCAUGGAGAAGGGGGCACCGCGCGGAGGCCGCGGUCGACGGGGAUGA